AUGCUGCAAUUAGACAAUCGUGCAUUUUCAACUAUCAGUUUGAAUACCGGUAAUGAUCAGAAUCAAGAAGAAGAACACGAAUCAGGUAUGUUUGCUGUACACUUGCCACCACGAAUCAAUCAAGGAGCAGUAGCAACCGAUCAAUAUCAUCACAAUGAAACUAUAUGGAGAGUAAUUCUUGAUGUAAUUAGUCUUAUAAUAUUACUUGUUAUAACGAUUAUUUCACAUUAUGUUGCGAAACCAUUUACACGUGGUUUCUUCUGUUCGGAUGCAUCAAUACAGUAUCCACAUAAGGAUAAUACAAUACCAACUUAUGCUGCUGUUAUUUUAUCAAUUGGUCUUCCAAUUCUUUGGAUGUGGAUUACAGAAUUUUGUAAACGAGCUUAUUUUAAUUGGUAUGCAGAACAAGCAUUUAUAACUCGUUUAGAAUUAUGUGGAAACCGAGUAGCAUACAUCUCUCCAUUUGUUCGUAAUUUAUAUAUGCUUACAGUUAUUUUUUUCUUUGGUUAUCUUUCAACAUGGGUUUUAACUGAAAUUGCAAAAAAUUUUGUUGGUGAAUUACGACCACAUUUUCGAGCUGUAUGUCAACCUACUUACAAUUGUUCAGCUGUUACAUCAUUAAAUCAAUUUAAUACGUAUCUACAAUAUGGUAUUGAUUUUACAUGUCAGAAUACAGAUGAUACAGCUGUACGAGAAGCACGUCGAUCAUUCUUUAGUGGACAUGCUUCAGCAAUAUUUUAUGGUUUGGUUUGGUUGAUAAUGUAUAUUCAUGUAUCAUGGUCAUGGCGUCAUCUGGGUAUUCUUGGCCAUUUAUUUCAAAUUGGUAUUGCUAUACUUGCAUUUUAUAUUGGUUAUUCUCGUAUUAGUGAUUAUCAACAUCAUUGGCAAGAUGUAUUAGCUGGUGGUAUACUUGGUUCUUUUAUUGCUUUUUUUACAUUUAAAUUUAUUCUUAAUUGGCGUCAUUAUAGUCCAAAAUUUCUUCCUUAUACAGUAAGUUCUUUACCAAGAACACCACCAAUAUAUCAAAGAAGAAAUAUUGAUUAUGGUCAAAUGAAAAUUAUAUAA